UACAGAGCUCCAUUUGGCCUCUGCGUGCCUCCCCUGGAUGCUCCGCGAUUGCGUCACACCAUCCAUUUAGUGGCUCCGACCACAUUUUCAGGUCAGGCAUAUAUUGGCUCUUGCUGUUAUGAGAGUUCGUUCGUAGAGUCAGAAGGGGUAGACUAGUAGCGUAUUCAAUAAUGUAUUUUUUGAAACGGAGGAGUCGGACAGGAUUUUUCAGUCAACAUUAAUAUCCUAACCGAUGGCGCCUAGGCAGCUGAAAACAUGUGCUCAGAAUGUCAGUCUGCAUGUUGUGAAGGGAAUAUAGCUCCACUUUGUAUUUUUCCCCAAUGACGUCUGAAAGCUUAGGAUAGGCUAUGAUUUUCUGCAAAUCGAAUGGCGUUGUUUGUUUAUGAAAUUGGAUUAUGAAACGAUGCCCACUUUCUCGCUGACCUGACUCACUGUGGCUCUGGACUGUUUAGAUUUUGUCUUUUAUUUUCAUAAAGGAUCUUUGCUCCACAUGCAUAUCUCGAACGAUAAAUGUGCACAAAACUGAAUGCCAUAGGGGUGAACAGGUGACGUCAGUUUAGUACUGCUCAGUACAGCUCAGACUGGAGAUGCUGGUCCCAUGGAUGUGUCUCGACGGGAAUACGGUUCAGUGAUUUGCCGUUCCAGCCCGAGCGCGUUCUACUAACGGAAUCGCUUAUGAUGCCCAGAGGUUUACGGAGACUCGUGCACCUGGUGCUGUUUUGCCCUAUGUCGAAGGGGCUGCAGAGUCGUCUCCCGGCAUUAAAGGUGAAGUACCUGCUGCUGGCCUGGCUGGGGAUCCUGGUAGCCAGCUGGGUCCUCUACAUGCAGUACGCCUCCUACUCAGAGCUCUGCCGAGGACACGUCUGCCACAUGGUCAUCUGUGACCACUACAGGAGAGGCAUUAUCUCAGGGUCGUCCUGCAAGGCCCUGUGUGAGGAGAGGAGCCUGACCCUGCAACGAUGCAUGUCCACCUCUUCCACACACCAAGUGUACAGUGGUCUGUGGAAGGACAGGCCUGUGGUGAUAAAGUGUGGUCUAGAAGAGCCUCUGAAGGGGGACGUGGCUCCUGACUCUGUACUGAGACAGGAAAUUACCCUGUUUGACAAGCCCACCCGCGGGACCUCCAUGGAUGAGUUCAGAGAGAUGUUGCACAGCUUUCUCAAGUCUAACCUGGGAGAGCAACCUUCUCUCACCACCUUGGUGGGUCGUGUCAUCACCCUGGCCGAUGUCAACAAGGACCGCAAGGUGUCCCUGGCGGAAGCCAAGUCUGUGUGGGCUCUCCUCCAGAUUAGCGAGUUCCUUCUGAUGGUAGCCCUGCAGGAGAAGGAGCAUACCCCCAAACUGCUGGGCUUCUGCGGGGACCUGUACGUGACUGAGCGCGUGGGCCACAGCUCCCUCUAUAGGUUGGAGGUCCCCAGCUACCUGCAGGCAUUAGUCCCAAAGGCCCUGAGCUCCAGCCUGAACCAGUGGCUGGCCCCGGCGUGGCCCCGGAGGGCCCGCAUCACCAUCGGCCUGCUGGAGUUCAUAGAGGAGGUGUUCCACGGGGCCUACGGCAGCUUCCUGAUGUGUGACGCCAGCCUGCGCCACGUGGGGUAUAACUUCAGGUAUGACUGCAAGAUGGCAGACCUGCGCAGCGUGGCGUCCGAGAUGGCGGUCCGCAGGUUCCUGCGGGGACGUCGCUGCGAGACCAACGCUGACUGCACCUUCGGGCGUGACUGCACUGCCACCUGCGAUCGGCUGGUGAAGCAAUGUAACACAGAGGUGGUCCAGCCCAACCUAGCCAAGGUGUGUGUGAUGCUACAGGACUAUCUGGUGUCUGGGGCACCCCAGGACCUCCGCAUAGACCUGGAGAAGCAGCUCCGUACCUGUGUGACGCUCAGCGGCCUGGCUAGCCAGAUGGAGGUGCACCACUCGCUGGUCCUCAACAACCUCAAAAGCCUGCUGUGGAAGACCAUCUCCAACACACAGUACUCCUGAGGACCACAGAAGAGCUGCUGGGAGCCAUAUGUAGGCCUGGGUCGUAUUCAUUUGACACCAAAUAAAGGAAAAUGGAUUGAAACAAAUGGACAAUCUGAAGUUGUCCCGUAACAAAUGCAAAUGUAUUAACUGUUCACAUAAUUUUCUACGGUAUGCCCUAAUGACUACAACUCAUUUUUCCUUAGACCGAUCUUAACCAGGAAGAAAAAAAAAACACCAGGACCUACCCAUAGGAGUGAGGCAGUUCCAAACUCUACCCUAUUAUUUACCCUAGAGGUACUUCCCCUCCUACCCUACUUUUUUACAAACAUGCCAAAAGCUUGAGUAAAACACACUAGUAAAUCACUGACUGAAAGUGAAAAUGAAUGAAAAUCAAAUGGAUUAUGAUUUAAAAGUAAAGGCCGUU